AUGCCUACUAAAUGGAACCAAGUACCAAUUUGCAUCAGGCCCCGUAGAAAGAUAGCUAGCAAUCUGUUAGUCAAAGAACGCGUACUUAUAGGCACUGGUCACCAUUCUCCAUUCUUUCUGAAGAAGUUGGUGAGGAAAGGGGUUGAUCAGCCAUAUCUGUCAUCAUGGAAAGAUCCGAAAUCCACGUAUAUCGAGGCACGCGAAGUCGCCUCUAGGCCCCUGAUAUCGGCAGAUGCGCACAUUUAG